AUGGAACGCUCUCACAAGCGGAACAAAAAGCGUCUUCUACCAGGAAUAGGCCCCUUAAGUCUUCUUUUAUGUGUUACUCUCCUUUCAAGCCUCGCCACCGCCUCGCGGCCUGUAUACUUCGGGUCCCGAGACUCGUCCCCCUUCCUUGGUCCCCAGAUUCCGCUAGUAGGGAAGCAGCCUCCUCCGUCUGAAACACAUGAGUUUACUCUUCGUCACCUCUUCCACCGCGGCACGUAUGAACAGCCCGAUCUUCACAUGCGGCUAGACGUCAAGCCGGAUACUCACCUUUGGUCCGUUUCGGAAGAUGGGCUCGAGAAAGAGCCCGUUGAUAUCAAGUCCCCGUUACUUGCUACGUCCCAGCCGAUUACAAUCCAGCGCCUUGCCGAUCGUCGACCAAGGAUAAUCGAGGAACAUUUGAUGGCCGCGCGAUCUAGCGGAUCGGCAAGCGUCUUAUCCCCGUCGGCAUGGGUCAUGGAUACACUAGCCGGCCCCGAUGUCUCCAAGAAAAAGAACGUUCUCACCUUCGCCCAGAUGACUGCAAACGAUUAUAUUGAGGAACCCGGCAGUGAGGACUGGCAGGACGUUAAUGGCAGGUUCAAUUAUUCUUCAAGCUUCGGUUGGGGCAACGACGGCCUUAGGGGCCAUAUCUAUGCGGAUGAGUCAAACGGCACUAUUGUCAUCUCCUUGAAAGGGACAUCGCCAGCUCUCUUUGAUGGCGCAGGCACGACCACGAAUGACAAAGUAAACGACAAUCUGUUCUUCAGUUGCUGUUGCGGACAGGGUGGAUCGUACCUGUGGCGUCAAGUCUGUGACUGCCAGAAGUCUGCAUUUACGGCCAACUUGACCUGCAUCGUUGAAGCUAUGCAUGACGAAAAUCGCUACUACCGCGCUGCGCUGGACCUGUACGCCAACGUUACCGAGCUCUAUCCUGAGGCCAAAGUUUGGCUCACUGGUCACUCGCUGGGCGGUGCGAUGACCAGUCUUCUCGGACUGACAUACGGAUUACCUGUUGUCACUUUUGAAGCCGUCCCCGAAGCCCUACCGGCAGCUCGUCUGGGUCUUCCAAGCCCUCCGGGCCAUGAUCCGCGACUCCCUCAAUCGCGGCGGUUUACCGGAGCCUAUCAUUUUGGACAUACCGCAGACCCAAUAUACAUGGGAACGUGCAAUGGAGUGAGCUCCGUCUGUACGUGGGGCGGCUACGCUAUGGAGUCCGCGUGCCACACGGGCCAGAUGUGCGUCUACGAUACCGUAGGAGACAAAGGCUGGCGCGUUGGACUCGGAACGCAUCGGAUUAAAGCUGUCAUCUCCGAUGUCAUCAAAGUGUAUGAUGACGCUCCUCCCUGCGCGGCGGAGGAAGAGUGCUACGAUUGCGAGCUGUGGAAAUACUUUCGUAGUAACGGCUCCGAGACGACGACGAGUUCAACGACCUCCGCGACGAGCACUUCAACCACUUCGAGCACCUCGACGUGCAAAACUCCUGGAUGGUGGGGCUGCCUGGACGAAAGUACUACUACGACAGCGCCGAGCACCACCACGACCACUAGCUCGACGUCCACAUCAACCUGUAAGACUCCUGGUUGGUUUGGAUGCAAGGACAAGACUAGCGCCACCGAUGGUACUUCAUCUACUAUCACUACCACCGAAGCAUCGGCGUCAACAUCGACAUCGACGUGCAAAACCCCCGGGUGGCUCGGUUGCAAGGAUCAAGAAAGCACUACAGCUGCUGCACCUGCUCCUUCACUCACAUCUACCAUGCCAACUAAGACCCCGUCUAGUGAAUGCCAUACCCCGGGAUGGUUCGGCUGCCGGGAUGCCACCAGCUCGACGACGGCUCUUCAGACAUCUCCCCCUCGUCUCACGUCCACAUGCGAAACCCCGGGACUCUUCUGGGGCUGCUGGGACACAUCAGCUAUCAGUGCUCAUCCUAUCACAACGCCUCCGUGA